AGACCUGUGACUGUGACAGCGACAGUCGCUCCCCUCUCCCCUCCUCAUCUUCGUCCUCCUCAUCAUCACCAUCAGUAGGAGCAGCUUGCUUUUAGCUUCUUUGGAAUAAGACGCUGUGGCCGUGAGCAGAUCCGCGUCACGCGUCUUCAAGAGGCGCUCCACUCGAAGGGAACAUGGAGGAAUGGCAGCUGCACUGGACCAAAUAUAUGCAUCAAGAAAUUAAAACAAGUAUUUAUUUAUGACACCGGACCGGCUUUACGCACUGUUAAGGACUAUUAAAAGCCAAAAGUUUUGACACCUGACACCCAAAGAAACAUGGACGGAUCCUCGCCUUCUCUGCAGUAUGGAUCCAAAAAGCGUGUGAAGAUCCACCCAAACACAGUGACAGUGAAAUAUGCCACACACUUUCCUCAGCCUGGGGAUGAGGGCUACGACGAUGCCCCCUCUUUUGAGGAGUUUGGGGCCUUUGCAGAGGCCAGUGCAGGAAAGAAACUAGUCACAGACAAUAAAGGAGGCAGGACUUUCUUUGGGACUAUGGAUACUCAGCCUAAGCAGCCCGUUGCACCCAAGGACAAAGGAGUGGAGGGUCAGCUUGCCAGCUUUGGGGAGGCUAAUGUGCUGGCCUCUAAAGUGACGUGGAUGGCCCUGUUUGGGGCAGCAGUGGCACAUGGUUGUGUUUCCCUGAUCACGCGUUUAGCAGCGGACCGCUCCAAAGUGCCCUCACUGGAGCUGCUCUUCAUUCGCUCUGUCAUUCAAGUGCUGUCCAUCCUUGUGGUCCUGUACUACCAUGAUGCUCCCUUUGGUCCUAGGGGCUACAGGCUUAAGCUCUUCUUCUAUGGCGUCUGCAACGUGAUCUCCAUCACCUGCGCCUACACCUCCUUCGCCAUUGUCCCGCCCAGCAAUGGCACAAUUAUGUGGCGAGCCUCCACCACAGUGUUCAGUGCCAUCCUGGCCUUUCUGCUACUGGACGAGCGUCUGGGCUACACAGACGUGGUCACUGUUGUGGGCAGUGUGUUUGGGUUAUGCCUGGUGAUGGUGCCCAACAUCGCAGAUGAGGAGAAGUCGAGGCUGGGCUUUUGGAAAGAGGCCUUUGGGUAUACAAUGACAGUGAUGGCAGGUUUAACUGCGGCCCUGUCCAUGAUAGUCUACAGGGCCAUAAAGGAGCGGGUGAGCAUGUGGACAGCGCUCUUCACCUUUGGCUGGACGGGCACCGUGUGGGGGGCCUCCACUAUGUUCAUCAUGCAGGAGCCCAUCAUUCCUCUGGACAUGGAGACCUGGGGCUAUCUCACAGGCAUCUGCAUUUGCUCCACAGUGGCGUUCCUGGGAGUCUACUAUGCUCUGAACAAAUUCCACCCAGCCUUAGUCAGCACCGUGCAGCACCUUGAGAUCGUGGUAGCCAUGUUCCUGCAGCUCAUUGUGCUGAGGAUGGUCCCAUCUGUGUAUGAUGUGAUCGGGGGUCUUCUUAUCAUGGUUUCUGUGUUUACGCUAACCGGAGUCAAGUUGUACAGGGUGAGCCGGGCCAUCAGGCAGGACUACCAGGAAAUCCUAGACUCACCCAUCAAAUGAGAGUCACAAUGUCAGUCUAUAUGUUUACAGUGUUGCUUGGUUGUGCAGUUUAAUGAAUGUCUGGAUCAUUUGAUGAUUUUGUAUUGUGUCGUUUGCAGAGUGCUGGUUAUGUAUCUAAUGUCUUAAUAUGUCUGUGAGAAAAGACUAAUGUAAAUGAUGAUUCUUUCAUAGUUCAAACAAAACAAUAACAAAACUAAAUUCACUUUUGUUUGGGAUCAGGUCUAAUGAAGGUGAGCUAAAGGGAUAUAAGAAAAUAGAUUGUGAGGAAGCAGGAAAUGCCAUAAACAAUGUUAAAUGUUUCUCUUUGUUGUUACACUGCCACACUUGCACUGUAUAAUUGUGAGCCCAGAAAUCAUAGUAACUGGUUAAUAAAAACAAAUACCACAUUUU